AUGCUGUUCUACAUUUUAUUAGGUAUAUCAGGUUGUGAUAUUGUCCUCUGUGAUAACGACACUACAGACUGCAAGGAUGUUGAGGGCAGUAUUCCAACAUGUGAAUGUAAACCAGGCAUGGCUAAGAAUUACUUAGAAGACAAAGCUUGUCGAGCUUGUCAAGGCUGUUCUGCAGAAAAAAAUGAAUUCUGUUUCCUGAAAGCAAAUCUCGUCCCCGAAUGCCGAUGUCUGCCAAAUUUCGAGAAAAAGGAUGCAGAAUGUGAAGCGUGCAGCAUUGGAUUUUCUGGAGAAGGCUGCCAAGAUAGUUACAUGGCCAUCAUCAUAGGAAUAUCUACCUUGUGCGGCGUUCUUCUGGUGGCUUUAAUUGGCGUAACCAUUUGCAUCUUAAGAAAACGGAAGCCUAAAACGGAAGAGCAACAAUUGGUAAGCCAUGAGUAUUCAACCUCGGGCAAUCCUUAUGGCGUUCCUCCUGCCACAAACUUUGCUGAAAGUGGGAGAAUGUUCCCCAGAAUCCGAGCUACGAAUGACGCACCAUUGAGCAAAGCCACUGCUGAGAACCCAACCAAUUUCUACAAAGAAGGAGCUGCAAAUAGAGGCUACGUUCCUGAGCAAGAUUAUAGCAACGAUAACUGGCUAGACAUGCCCUCCAGAUACUGAGUCCAGCUGAAGAGCAAGGAAAAAUAAGAACAUCUGGUCAACAUGGGCGCUGCCAUGGAAUCAAAAUGCAAUGCUUCUGAAUUCUCCAAUCACUUUUGCACUAAGAGAGCUAAUAUCUCAGAAGGACUUUACAGCUACCUUUUGUAAAGUACUCUAGACCUGCCGGUUAAUGGAACUUCAGCUCUACUUGCUGUCUUCCUUAAAUGAGUGGGGGGGCGGGGGGGGCAGGAAGAAAGAUAUGGAAUGUGCUGCAACCCUACAAGCUGCCAUGGCUUUAGCAUAUCUUCUAUCACCUAUGUGUCAUCACAAAAGAAGAGGCAGUCGGGAAGAGGGGAAAGAAGAAUAGCUCCCUUUAACCCAGAGAGUUUCUUAACUGGAGUUUGAU